UGGACCUAAACCCCUGACAGCUGCUCCUUGGGCCUCCAACUCUAAGCCCCGUCUUCCCUCUCUGAGCUUGACCGAGACAUAGGGCAGCCUGAUCCCUCUGGUUCCAGCCUUCACAGCCCCAGCAGGACUCCGUGAGUCAUGGGGGCAAGGAGUGGGCCAAACCCCAGAUGGGAGCGGGGUCGGGGUUGCUCCCCGCUUCCCACCCUUGGUCCACUCAAAGCAGGGACAGGCCCGUCCAUCUUCCUCUCUGGAUCCCCUGUGCCUUUCCCCACCCCCCAGGAUCAGACCCAGGGGCAGCUGGUUGGGGUUUGUUGAGAAGAAGGAUUAUCCAGAUCAGUCCCUUCUAAUCUCAGCUCCUGCCUGCACCCUCCCCAUAUUCACCGUAACCCUCUUACCCCCCUUCCCCACAACUCUGAACUAAGAGUCAAAAUCUUGGGCAUUGACGAUGAGCCACCUCUCACCCUCCUAUUCUGGCUCCUGGACUGGUUGCUGGGCAGGCCCUGACUGCCACGAUCAUCAGCGUUGGUGGGGGCAAGGGCCUGGCGGGGUGGGGGGUGGGGGGGCUGGAGCUGUGGUCGCUUCUGCUCUUCUGCCCCCCUCCCAAACCCCAAACUUUAAUCCUCACAGCUUUGCUCUAAUCCCAUGGGGCCUGAUGCUCUUAUCUCUGCCUACAGGGAGACUGGCCCAGGAAGCACCCCUCAGCCCCUCUUCCCUCCAGGGCUUGUGAGGGGCUGCUCCUCUCUAUAGCCCCACAUCCCUGUUCCCACAUACCCACCGCCCCAGGCUGGGCCCAAGUCUCUCUGGAAGCCGCACACCUCCCUUCCUGCCCUCUCCGCACACCGUUGCCAGCUGAUUUCAUUUGCCUGACGUCGUCGUUGUCGUUGCCCUACCCUUCUCUGUCAGUGCUCCCCCUGACCGCCCCCCCCCAGAGUUGGGGCCAGGCCAGGCCAGCUCCUCUGGCAGCAGAGCCGGGGCAGGUGACGGGUUGGCGUCGCAGCUGAGGGAGUGAGGAAGCGCCUGGAAACCUGGGAGAGGUCCAGUCAGAGUCCAAGAGCCGGAGCUACCCCUCAACCUGUCAGCCAUGGGGGAAAUGGAGCAGCUGAGGCAGGAAGCGGAGCAGCUCAAGAAGCAGAUUGCCGUAACCCCAGAGCCCUUCCACAGGGGGACCCCAGAAAACAUGGAACCGGGGACACGAGGGAGUGUGGAUGGGGGUGGGGGGGAAGGGGGCUGGAUUUACUCUUGAGUGACACCUUAGAGAACCCUGACCUGGAAGUGGCCAGAGACUUUCUGAACGUGGAUCUCAAAUUUGAGAUGUCCCCCAAACCCUAGAGCCCCGAAGCCCACCUACCUCAGAGGCCCAUGCACCCACUACCCUCACCUUGUGUUGAUGCUCCCCUGAUGUCUGCUUCUCCACCCGCCCCUCCCCAGGAUGCCCGGAAAGCCUGUGCUGACAUUACUCUGGCAGAGCUGGUGUCUGGCCUAGAGGUCGUGGGGAGAGUCCAGAUGCGGACAAGGCGGACGUUAAGGGGACACCUGGCCAAGAUCUAUGCCAUGCACUGGGCUACCGACUCCAAGCUGCUCGUAAGUGCCUCGCAAGACGGGAAGCUGAUCGUGUGGGACACCUAUACCACCAAUAAGGUGCAUGCCAUCCCCCUGCGCUCCUCCUGGGUUAUGACCUGUGCCUAUGCCCCGUCAGGGAACUUUGUGGCAUGUGGGGGGCUGGACAACAUGUGCUCCAUCUACAGCCUCAAAUCCCGUGAGGGCAAUGUCAAGGUCAGCCGGGAGCUGUCUGCUCACACAGGUUAUCUGUCUUGCUGCCGCUUUCUGGACGACAACAACAUUGUGACCAGCUCCGGGGACACCACUUGUGCUCUGUGGGACAUCGAGACUGGGCAGCAGAAGACUGUGUUUGUGGGACACACAGGGGACUGCAUGAGUCUGGCCGUCUCUCCUGACUUCAAACUCUUCAUUUCGGGGGCCUGUGACGCCAGCGCCAAGCUCUGGGACGUGCGGGAGGGAACCUGUCGGCAGACAUUCACUGGCCAUGAGUCGGACAUCAACGCCAUCUGCUUCUUCCCCAACGGAGAGGCCAUCUGCACAGGCUCAGACGACGCCUCCUGCCGCCUGUUUGACCUGCGGGCAGAUCAGGAGCUGACUGCCUACUCCCACGAGAGCAUCAUCUGUGGCAUCACAUCCGUGGCCUUCUCCCUCAGCGGCCGCCUGCUCUUCGCAGGCUAUGAUGACUUCAACUGCAACAUCUGGGACUCCAUGAAGGGCGAGCGUGUGGGCGUCCUCUCUGGCCACGACAACAGGGUCAGCUGCCUGGGGGUCACAGCUGACGGGAUGGCUGUGGCCACUGGCUCCUGGGACAGCUUCCUCAAAGUCUGGAACUAAGGAGGCUGGAGGAGGGGAGGUAAAAGGCCACGAAGACACAGCUGCCCCUCCCCUGCCCAAUUUUUUUCUAAGGUUUCUUUAAGUUUUCUCUUCUAUACCGUAGCUGCCAUUCCCACCCAGCUUUGUCCCUUGAGGGCGGUGGGGAAAAAUGGGGAGUCUGCCUUUGGGAGGCAUUAUCAGGGACACGGGGGCAAAGAACUGCCCCAUCUCCUCCCAUGGUCUCCCCUCUCCACGGUCCUGCAGCUUCUCCCUUAAUAAGCAAGGACAACUGACCCCUCCCCAGCCCUUGGCAAGCCUAACAGGCUUCCAGUCUGAGGCCCCAGGCCCUAGAAUUCCUCCCCCCCCAGAGCCACUACCUUUAUCCAGAUCUGGGUGGCAGAGAGCACUCAGCCCUGUGACUAUGGCUCUGGCACCACUAAGAUCCUGUCCCUUGUCUCCUUCAUGAUCUCUCCCUUUUCUACCUUCUUUAUUUCUCUCCUAAAGCACCUGCAAUAAAGUGUACAGGCCUGGGA